AUGGACAUAAGGGACAGGGACCUAAGGGACAGGGGCCUGAGGGACACUGACCUAAGGGACAUGGACCUAAGGGAAAGGGACAUAAGGGACAGGGACCUAAGGGACAGUGACAUAAGGGACAGGGACCUGAGGGACAAGGACCUAACAGACAGGGACAUGAGGGACAGGGGCCUAAGGGAAAGGGACCUGAGGGACAAUGACCUAAGGGACAGGGACAGGGACCUAAGGGACAGGGACCUGAGGGACAAUGAUCUAAGGGACAAGGACCUCAGGAACAGGGACCUAAAGAACAGGGACCUGAGGGACAGGGACCUAACAGACAGGGACAUAAGGGACAGGGACCUGAGGGACAAGGACCUAACAGACAGGGACCUAAGGGACAAGGACAAAAACGACAGGGACCUAAGGGACAGGGACCUGAGGGACAGGGAAAUUAGGGAUAGGGACCUGAGGGACAGGGAACUAGGGGACAGUAACCUAAGGGACAGGGAGCUAGGGGACAGAGACAUAAGGGACAAGGAUCUGAGGGACAAGGACAUGAGGGACAGGGGCCUGAGGGACAGGGGACCUAAGGGACAGGGACCUAAGGAACAGGAACCUAAAGGACAGGGACCUAAGGGACAAGGACCUAAGGGACAAGGACCUAAGGGACAAGGACCUAAGGGACAGGGACCUAAGGGACAGGGACCUACCAGACAGGGACAUAAGGCACCAAAGGGACAGGCACCUGAGGGACAAGGACCUAAGGGACAAGGACCUAAGGGACAAGGACCUAAGGGACAAGGACCUAAGGAACAGGAACCUAAGGGACAGGGACCUAAGGGACAAGGACCUAAGGGACAAGGACCUAAGGGACCUAAAGAACAGGGACCUGAGGGACAGGGACAUAAGGGACAGGGACCUGAGGGACAAGGACCUAACAGACAGGGACCUAAGGGACAAGGACAAAAACGACAGGGACCUAAGGGACAGGGACCUGAGGGACAGGGAAAUUAG